UCGACCCAUUUUCUCUGUAAUUUUCUCGGCAAAAUUAGCAAGAAAGUGAAGUAAGCAUCUGAGAAAUUUUCAUUUUCUUCGUUUCAUCGAGCGCGGAAACCAGUUCGCACCCGCUCAAAAGUAAUUCUACAAGUCACAUGCAAACUAAAAUACUAAAAUGAACCUCUCACCCUCUAUCCUCAUCUCUUCUUCUCCCUCUGCGACUCUCCUGAGACCCUCUCAUGUCAAUCUCAGACCAAACCCUAACCUUAACCGACAUUUAUUCCCCACCAAAGCAACCGAUUUCUUUGGCUAUCAGAAAAUAUUCGCUAGUGCCGCAAGGAUAAGGGCGAAGCCCAAAGAACUCGUCCUCGGAAACCCCUCCGUCACAGUCGAGAAAGGAAAGUACAGCUACGACGUCGAAACUCUGAUCAACAAGCUCAGUAGCCUCCCUCCUCGGGGCAGCAUCGCUCGAUGCCUUGACGUCUUCAAGAAUAAGCUAUCUCUCAACGACUUCGCUCUCGUUUUCAAGGAGUUCGCGCAACGCGGCGAUUGGCAGCGGUCGCUUCGACUCUUUAAGUAUAUGCAGCGCCAAAUCUGGUGCAAACCGAACGAGCACAUUUACACUAUCAUGAUCGGCGUACUUGGCCGCGAAGGCUUGCUCGAGAAAUGCCAAGAGAUAUUCGACGAAAUGCCCAGCCACGGAGUGGCUCCUAGCGUCUUCUCAUUCACAGCAUUGAUCAACGCGUAUGGCCGCAACGGUCAGUACAAAUCUUCGCUUGAACUUCUUGAUAGAAUGAAGAAAGAGAGGGUUUCUCCCAGUAUUUUGACUUAUAAUACUGUGAUUAAUUCUUGUGCUAGGGGUGGGUUGGAUUGGGAGGAGCUAUUAGGAUUGUUUGCUCAAAUGCGGCAUGAGGGUAUACAAGCUGAUAUUGUUACUUAUAAUACUCUGCUUAGUGCUUGUGCUCGAAGGGGUCUUGGGGACGAGGCAGAGAUGGUGUUUAGAACAAUGAAUGAGGGCGGGAUUCUUCCUGACAUUACAACUUAUAGUUAUCUUGUUGAGACUUUUGGAAAAUUGAAUAGGCUUGAGAAGGUUUCAGAGCUUCUUAAAGAAAUGGAGUCUGGAGGGAGUUUUCCAGACAUAACUUCUUACAAUGUCUUAUUAGAGGCUCAUGCACAAUCAGGGUCUAUAAAAGAGGCAAUGGGUGUGUUUAGACAGAUGCAGGGGGCAGGAUGCGUGCCAAAUGCAGCUACUUAUAGUAUUUUGUUAAAUUUGUAUGGGAGGCAUGGGAGAUAUGAUGAUGUCCGUGAUCUUUUUCUUGAGAUGAAAGUUAGUAAUACAGAGCCAGAUGCAGCUACUUAUAAUAUUCUCAUUAAUGUUUUUGGGGAGGGUGGGUAUUUUAAGGAGGUGGUGACUUUGUUCCAUGAUAUGGUGGAGGAGAAUGUUGAGCCAAAUAUGGAGACCUAUGAGGGGUUGAUAUUUGCUUGUGGGAAGGGAGGGCUUCAUGAGGAUGCCAAGAAAAUUCUACUUCACAUGAAUGAGAAAGGGGUGGUGCCAAGUUCAAAGGCCUAUACUGGGGUUAUUGAAGCAUAUGGACAGGCUGCUUUGUAUGAGGAAGCGCUUGUUGCAUUCAACACAAUGAAUGAAGUGGGGAGUAAGCCAACUGUGGAAACCUACAAUUCAUUGAUUCAAAUGUUUGCAAAAGGUGGGCUUUACAAGGAGUCUGAAGCAAUUUUGCUGAAGAUGGGUCAGUCUGGUGUUGCACGGAACCGGGAUACGUUCAAUGGCGUGAUUGAAGCUUUUAGACAGGGAGGCCAGUUUGAAGAAGCUAUAAAGGCUUAUGUUGAGAUGGAAAAGGCAAGAUGUGAUCCUGAUGAGCAAACCCUUGAGGCAGUGCUAAGUGUUUAUUGCUUUGCCGGUCUUGUGGAAGAGAGUGAAGAGCAGUUUGGGGAAAUUAAAGCUUUGGGAAUAUUACCCAGUGUCAUGUGCUAUUGCAUGAUGCUGGCAGUUUAUGCAAAGGCUGACAGGUGGGAUGAUGCCCAUCAAUUGCUGAAUGAGAUGUUUACAAAUAGGGUAUCCAACAUUCAUCAGGUAAUUGGUCAGAUGAUCAGGGGAGAUUAUGAUGAUGAUUCUAACUGGCAGAUGGUUGAGUAUGUCUUUGAGAAACUCAAGUCUGAAGGUUGUAGUUUGGGAGUGAGGUUCUACAAUACGCUCUUAGAAGCACUUUGGUGGCUGGGCCAGAAGGAACGUGCAACAAGAGUACUCAAUGAAGCAACAAAACGGGGGCUUUUUCCUGAGCUUUUUCGCAAAAACAAACUUGUGUGGUCUGUAGAUGUACACAGGAUGUGGGAAGGUGCUGCAUGUACAGCAAUAUCAGUUUGGCUCAAUAAUAUGCAUGAAAUGUUCAUUAGUGGGGAUGAUCUUCCUCAACUAGCAAGUGCUGUAGUUGUGCGUGGGCAUAUGGAGAAAAGUUCAAUAACACGUGAUUUUCCAGUUGCAAAAUCUGCAUACGCAUUUCUAAAUGAAGUUUCAUCAUCCUUCUGUUUCCCUGGUUGGAACAAGGGUCGAAUUGUCUGCCAGCGCUCUCAGCUCAAGCGAAUUCUAUCCAGUACAGAGCAGCAUUCAGAUGAAUACAAAAAGGAUAGAAUAAUCACUCUAAGUAACUCUCCCUUUCCACUUCCUGGAACAAUUACAUCCAUGAGUAAUGUCAAAAGAGACCAGCUUAGCAAUGCUGAUGCUGAAACAAGCAUUAUGACUAGAACAGAGCUUAUGACAAGCACAGUUUAAAUAAAUAUACAAAAACCAUUCAUCUGUCUACUGGGCUCACCCUCUGCCACGAAAUCUUCUGUCAAAACAAUCAUUUUGGUGACAAGUUUUCUGACCUUUCCUGUUCUAGAGGAGUGUUUAGUUUUUAUCAAGUUAAGACUUCCAGUUUUCAGAAAUAUUGAACAGUGGCAGUUACAGAUUAGCUUGAUUUAAAGGCAGGUUUGGUCCCCGGUGAUAGCAAUGGCAGAGACCCCAAACAGCAAGAUGAAUGGUCAUGAUUUUGUAACUCUAGAACUUAUUUCCUUUUUUUUUUUUUUUUUUUUUAUGUUCUUUUAAUGUACAUGUACAUUAUAUUUUUCAAUAUAUUGAGAUUCUUCUUUGGAGAAAAGCUAUGAGAAUAAGUUUGGUUCAGCAAGGGA